UUCGAGCCCGCCAGUGAAAUGCGUUAGUGAAGUGAAACAGCUUGAAGAAUUAACGCCUUGCCCCCAUGACAACCUGAAAUGAUACGGAUCACCGAGUGCGCGUUUCAGUUAACGUUGAUAAACACCAUAGCUUAAAGUAUUUAGCAAGUACUAGUGUCAUACGAUUCUCCCUGAAGUGCCCGAGUCGGGCCGGAGGCUGUUAGAAGAUCCAGGUUCGGCUCCAGAUGGAGGUCAUGGAAGUGGACCCUCCCCAGGGGGGCCUCAACAUGGAACUGGAGGGGGUUUCUGCUGCAUCCGUAGAGGGCCAGGCAGAGGGUGUCCAGUUACCCCAUAUCAUCCUUGACUCUGGCAGUAGCACCGAGGUGGACGAUGACAAUGAAGACGAUUAUGGCGAAGAGGAGCAAGAUACAGCAUUAUACCACUACCCACCUCGACUCCCCGCCACCUGGGCAUUCAGUCAGCGUGCAGAGGCAAGCUCCAGGCCUGCACGCACCACCUCGGCGACACAGAGGUCAACCAGACGCAGCAGGGUCAGGUGGGGCCUGAGGGUACACUAUCCUAGCCAGACUGCUGCCCCCGCCACAAGUUUCCUUGACUUCCUUCUUCGAGCCCCAGCUGCCAGCGUGGCUCAGCCAGAGUCGGGCAGCUCCACUGAGGUUAGCGAUUCUGAGGAGGAGGUCCAAGUUCUGGCGGAGCCCACCAAUGCCCCUGCCCCACCACUCAGCCCUCUGCACAACCCCCCAGUCCAGGUCACCCUGCCACAGGAGCCUGUUGAUACAACUGCAGCAGAUCCUGGGAGCUCAGAAGCUGGUGCUCAGGUCGAUCAGCCGGUACCAGCCCCUGUGGCUGAUAGCUCAGUGUCAGUUCAGCAGCCCCCGGCGGAUGGGGACGAGGGGGAUACCUGCACCAUCUGCUUUGAGCCAUGGACGACAGCGGGAGAGCACCGCCUGGCUGCCUUGCGAUGUGGCCAUCUCUUCGGCUAUACCUGCAUAGAGCGCUGGCUGAAGGGCAAGGGCCAAGUUGGCAAGUGCCCACAGUGCAACAAGAAAGCCAAGCGUUCAGACAUCGUCCUGCUCUACGCUCGCAAGCUGAGAGCCAUGGACAACACGGAGCUGGAGAGCAUCAGGAGGUCUCUAUUGAUGGAGCAGACCCUAAGGAGAAAGGCAGAGGUGGAUAAUGCUGAGUGCCGACUACAAAUGCAGGCUGUGAAAGACGAGUGUGGAAAGCUACGCACAGAAGUACAGGAACUGAAGAAGCUGGUUGCCCAGAAAAGCAGUACUCAUUCCUCAGUAGGGAGCUUUGUCCAGGCACUGUCCCAGAGGCAGGAGGGGUCGAGGAUGGCCCACUACAACUUCUCCAAGGCGGUGCUGGUAUCUCAGGCCGGGGGCUGCAGGGUGCUAUCCUACUGCCAGCCUUUGAGCUGCUUGUUGGCCUCGCAGCCUUCUCCACACUCCACCCUGGUGCCUGGUUGUGGUGUGAAGAAGGUGAGUGUGAUGAACAUGAAGGCUGGCCAAUAUAUUCCCAUCCACACCAAACAGAUCAGAGGAUUGGCCUUUAGCCAACAGGAAGACAGCAUUCUGCUGUCUGCAGCUCUGGACAAUACUGUCAAACUGACCAGUUUAGUGACCAACACAGUCGUCCAGACCUACAACACUGGCAAGCCAGUAUGGAGCUGCUGCUGGUGCCUCGAUAACAGUAACUACAUCUACGCUGGCCUAAUCAAUGGCUCUGUGCUCGUAUACGACACCAGAGACACCAGCACAUAUGUCCAGGAGCUCCAGCCUGUAGGAUCCAGGAGUCCGGUGGUGUCUCUGUGCUACGUGCCCCGAGCAGCUUCCACUUCCUUCCCCUGCGGAGGGCUGAUAGCCGGCUCCCUGGAAGCAGGGUGCUUCUGGGAGCAGAUUGAUGGGACUAGCUAUCGGCCUCACAUCCUGCCCCUGGAGGCUUCAAGAUGCACCGACAUCCAGGUGGAGACGGUGAGCCGUCACUGCCUGGUGACCUACCGACCAGUGCGCUCCAACCCAUCAAUGCGCUGUGUGCUGAUGCAGCUCGGCCGUGUCCCCCAGCAGGAGCCAAACCAGCAACCCAGCUUCUCCUGCUACCCGGUGCAGACCUUCAAUGCUGGAACCUCUUGCACAAUGCUCACCAAGAACGCUGUGUUCUGCAGUCCUGCAGGGGAUGGCAGCACACUCGUCUGCGCUGGGGAUGAGGCCUCCAACUCCACCAUGGUAUGGGAUGCAGGGAGUGGUGCUUUGAUCCAGAAGCUGCCUGCUGACUUGCCAGUGUUGAGCAUAUCUCCCUUUGAGGUGAAUGGAGACCAUUAUCUGGCCUCUCUCACAGAGAAAAUGCUGAAAAUCUACAAAUGGGAGUGAACUGAGUCAACGUCACCUUCCGGAGAACAGAUGGAAUGAGGAACUUGUUAGUUUGAUAACAAGGAAAUUGCCUGUAUCUAGGAACCCCUUUGGGUUGAUGUUUACUUUCACAGA